GUGUGGCAAAACAGGCCUCAAAAGCAGACCUCAUGUGGAAGGUCAAGUACUCCUUGUCGGGAUACGAUUUGAAGUAUCUGGGGGACACGCAACAGGACGCACACGAGUUACUUGUCGAUAUGCUGUGCCAGCUGAAGGAGGAGGGCAUGAUUCUGAAGACACUCGGGAUGAACUAUACCUGCCCUGUUUCCCAGCUGGAGUUCCAACUUGUGUCGGUGCGCACAUGUACCAGCUGUGGGCGCGAGUCGUCUACCAGAGAGGACUACAACCACCUCUCAUUGGACUUCAGCCCUGAGCGCACCUUGCUGAGCAGCCUGGCACUCACUUUCAAAAGUGAAAAGGUUGAAUUCACAUGUGAGGGCUGUAAAGGCCUCCACGCCUCAAAGGUGGAGCAGUUCCACACACUGCCUCUGUGAGUUGUCCCUUUAUAACCUCUCAUAGUACUAGCAGUGUUUAAUGUCCUGGGCCUUUAGGAGUAGUUACCUUCCUGAGCAGGUUGUAGGACUUAGAGGUGAGCACCGCCAAACACAUUUCACUCAUCUGUUAUGUUGUUGACUGGUUUCAUUGUCUGUCUGUUCAUCUCUCUUCCUCUCUGU